AUGCCUGAAACGCCCUUCCUCACUCACCUCGGCCUCUUGGAAUCCUUAGCUUCCAGCAAGGAGACCCAGGAGGCGACCUACGGGAACCCCUACCAGCCAGACUACACUCAGCCAGACUAUGUCCUUUCCUGCCCACAGCCCCGGGAGGUCGUCAGGGUGGGCAUUAUUCUAACCCAGCUGAAGAGGAGGAGGAGGCUUAGGGGAGGGUCCCGGCCACCUCCCCGGGCUGCUGCUCCGCAGACAAAGGCCAGCACAGGCCUCCACCACUACUUCACGGCCUCAUCUGAGCCCCGGACUGGCCCUCGAGUAACCUUUAUCCCCACUGGCACCAUCACCCCCUAUGCAAGUGCCCUGAAUCCUUCACACAACGGUCAAGUGUGCAGCACGUGGGGCAGCUUCCAUUACAAGACCUUUGACGGGGACAUCUUUCAGUUUCCUGGCCUAUGCAACUAUGUGUUUGCCUCACAUUGCCAAGCCGCUUAUGAGGAUUUCAACAUCCAGAUCCGGCGCUCCCUGGCUGGGGAGACCCCCACCAUCAGCCGCAUCCUUAUCAAGACAGAAGGAGUGGCCUUAGAGCUCUCUGCCAACUCCGUCCUGAUCAACGGGCAGCGGGAGCAGCUGCCCUAUAGCCGGGCAGGAUUCGCUGUGGAAGCCAGCAGCAGCUACAUCAAGGUCAGCGUGAGGAUGCUUCUAACCUUCCUGUGGAACGGCAAUGACAGUGCCCUGCUGGAACUGGACAUCAAAUAUGCCAACCAGACCUGCGGACUCUGUGGUGACUUCAACGGCUUCCCCACAUUCAAUGAAUUCUACUCCAACAAUGUCAAGCUGACCACUUGGCAGUUUGGGAACCUUCAGAAGUUGGAUGGACCCACGGAGCAGUGUCAGGACCUUGUGUCUUCCCCGGCAAACAACUGCACGGAUGAGGAGAGCAGCUGCCUCAGGGUGCUGAGUGGCCUGGCUUUGGGGGGGUGCAACCAGCUGGUGGAUCCCAGACCCUACAUCGAGGCCUGUGUACAAGACCUAUGCAGGUGCCAAGAAGCCAACCGCUCCUCCUGCCUGUGCGCCACCUUCUCUGAGUAUUCGAGGCAGUGUGCGCACGCGGGCGGUCAGCCCCUCAACUGGCGGCGCCAGGACCUGUGCUACAAGACGUGCCCGGCCAACAUGCAGUACCAGGAGUGUGGCUCCCCUUGUGCGGACACCUGCUCCAACCCUGAGCGGUCCCAGCUCUGUGAGGAACACUGCAUAGAUGGUUGCUUCUGCCCCCCAGGGACCGUCCUGGAUGACAUCCGGGGCCAGGGCUGCGUGACUCUGGACCAAUGUCACUGCACCCACAACGGCCAGACCUUCUUUCCCGGAGCCUCCUUCUCUACGCACUGCAGCUCCUGCACUUGCCUUUCUGGCCUCUGGCAAUGUGAGGAGCUUCCAUGCCCAGGCAUGUGCUCCGUGGAGGGCGGGUCCCACAUCACCACCUUCGACCAAAAGCGCUACAAUGUCCACGGGGACUGCAGCUACGUCCUGUCCAAGAAGUGUGAGGACGCCACCUUCACCAUUCUGGGCGAGCUACGUAGGUGUGGCAUAACAGAGAAUGAGAACUGCCUCAAGUCAGUGACCUUGAGCCUGCAUGGAGGAGAGACGGUCAUCAGGAUCCAGCACAAUGGGGGCGUGUUUGUGAACUCUAUCUCCAUGCAGUUGCCCAUCUCUGCGGCCAACAUCACCAUAUUCCAGCCCUCGACUUACUUCAUCCUGGUCCGCGCUGCCUUCGGCCUGCUCUUGCAGAUUCAGCUGGUGCCUCUCAUGCAGGUGUCUGUGCGGUUGGAUCCCUCCUUCCAGGGCCAGAUGUGUGGCCUCUGUGGAAACUUCAACCAGAAUCAAGCAGAUGAUUUCACAGCCAUCAGUGGGGUGGUGGAGGGGACAGGGGCAGCUUUUGCCAAUACCUGGAAGACUCAGGCUGACUGUACCAACGUCAAGAACAGCUUCGAGAACCCGUGCUCCCUCAGCGUAGAGAACGAAAAUUAUGCCCAGCAUUGGUGCUCCCUGCUCACGGACCCGGGUACCACCUUCUCCCAAUGCCAUGUGGUCGUGAACCCUGCACCCUACUACAAGAACUGCAUGUUUGACACUUGUAACUGUGAGAAGAGUGAGGACUGCCUGUGUGCGGCGCUAUCUUCCUACGUGCAAGCCUGUGCUGCCCGGGGAGUGCUGCUGUGGGGCUGGAGGGCCGGGGUCUGCACCAAGUACAUGGGCAGCUGCCCGAGUUCCCUGAGCUACAGCUACGUGGUGGAGACGUGCCAGCCAACCUGCCGCUCCCUAAGUGAGAUAGAUGUCACCUGCAGUGUCCAAUUCAGCCCCGUGGAUGGCUGCGUUUGCGCCAAUGGCACCUACCUGAAUGAUGAGGGGCAAUGUGUGCCGGCUGCCCAAUGCCCCUGCUACUUCAAAGGUGCCAUGGUGGCCCUGGGAGAGACCAUCCAGGAGAAUGGCGUGGUGUGCUCCUGCAUGAGUGGGAAGCUGAGCUGCUUUGGAGUCAUGGAUCCAACCCCAGUCUGCACUGCUCCCAUGAUCUACUUGGACUGCAACAAUGCUUCAGCGGGAGCCGUGGGGGCCCAGUGCCAGAAAAGCUGUGACACGUUGGAUGUGGCCUGUUACAACACCCAGUGUGUGUCUGGCUGCAUCUGUCCCAGCGGUUUGGUAAAGGAUGGGAAUGAUGGCUGUGUCAAGGAGGAAGACUGUCCUUGUGUUCACAACGAGGCCACCUACAAAUCGGGGGAAACCAUCCGAGUGGACUGUAACAACUGCACCUGCCAGAACCGGAGGUGGAAGUGCACCCAAGCCCCGUGCCUGGGCACAUGUGCCGUGUAUGGAGACGGGCAUUUCAUCACCUUUGACAGCGAGCGCUACAGCUUUGAGGGCAAUUGCGAGUACACCCUUGCUCAGGACUACUGUGGGGGAAAUGCCACCACAAACGGGACCUUCCGUGUGAUCACGGAGAACAUCCCUUGUGGCACCUCAGGCGUCACCUGCUCCAAAGCCAUCAAAGUAUUUCUCAAGGGAACUGAACUGAUAUUCAACGAGGGAACUGUGAAAGUGGUGGAAAGAGGCACAGGCGAGGAGGUGUCGUACAAGAUCCACUCCAGAGGCAUCUACAUGGUCCUAGAGACCGAAGUGGGGGUGGUUUUGAUGUGGGACCGGAAAACCAGCAUCUUCAUUAAGUUACAGCAGCGCUACAAGGGGAAGGUCUGCGGACUCUGCGGGAACUAUGACGGCAACAGCGUUAACGACUUUACCACCAGGAGCCUCUUGGUGGUGGGAGAUGUGCAGGAGUUUGGCAACAGCUGGAAGAUGUCCCCAUCCUGCCCGGACGCUGUCCCCACCAGGGACCCCUGUACAGCCAACCCUUACCGCAAGGCCUGGGCCCAGAAGCAGUGCAGCAUCAUCAACAGCGCCGUCUUCUCUGCCUGCCACUCUCAGGUGGACUCCACCAAAUACUACGAGGCCUGUGUGUCAGACGCGUGUGCUUGCGACACUGGUGGAGAUUGUGAGUGUUUCUGCACAGCUGUGGCAGCCUACGCACAGGCCUGCAAUGAUGUGGGUGUCUGCGUCUCCUGGAGAAAGCCGGAUAUAUGUCCCAUGUUCUGUGACUUCUACAAUGUCCACGGGGAGUGUGACUGGCACUACCAGCCAUGCGGAGCACCUUGUCUGAAGACCUGUCGCAACCCGAGUGGGAAGUGCUUGGUGAAUUUACCUGGGUUAGAAGGCUGCUACCCAAACUGCCCGGCUGAGAAACCUUUCUUCAGUGAAAGCCAGAUGAAGUGUGUUGACCAAUGUGGCUGUUACGAUAAAGAUGGAAACUAUUAUGAUGUUGGAGACAAAGUUGUGAGCCAAGCCAACUGUCAGAGCUGUAACUGCACCACGAGUGGCAUCCAGUGUAUCCAGGACCAAAAUGAGUGCACUUGCUUGUAUGAGGGUCACACGUACCACAUCCAUGAGGUUAUUUACAACACGACUGAUGGCCUGGGAGCCUGCCUCAUCGCCAUCUGCGGAGAAAAUGGGGAGAUCAUGCGGAUGUCACAAGAAUGCCCUGUGAUGCCCUCCACCAGCGUGCCCUUCACCUUCACAACCAGCAGGACACCAGGGUCCACUGCAGGGCCUGCCACUACCAUCUCAGCAGCUUCCACAGUGUGCGUGCGAGAAGCUUGUGACUGGUCUGGAUGGUAUGACAGCAGCACUCCGGGAGCAGGACUCGCCAGCGGAGACUUUGAAACCUUUGAGAACCUACGGCAAAGUGGAUAUGAAGUCUGCUCCACUGCCCGUGACGUAGAAUGCAGGGCUCGAGCAUUUCCUGCCAUGUCCCUAGAAGAAGUGGGACAGAAGGUGGAGUGCAGCGUCUCUCGUGGGCUGAUCUGCUACAAUGCAGAACAGGACCCACCCUUGUGCCACGACUAUGAGAUCCGCCUGCUGUGCUGCAGCUACCAGCCUUGUGGUGGGUCCACAGCUGGGAGGAGCAGCCUGCCUGUCCCAAGACCCACAACCAGAGCUAGACCGUCCACAGAGCCCCUCCAAACAUCGGCCUUGACCUCACAGACAUGGUCUACCCCGACCACAGUCACUACGCUCAGCGUGUCCUGUCAGCCCCAGUGCCAAUGGACAGAGUGGUUUGAUACAGAUUACCCCAAGUCAGAAGCACUUGGGGGAGACACUGAGACAUAUGACAGGAUCAGGAAAAUGGGAAAGGACUUGUGCCAGGAACCCCAGGGCAUUGAAUGCCAGGCAGAGAACUACCCUGACCUGACUAUUGAACAAGUAGGACAGGUUGUCCACUGUGAUGUGCGUUUUGGCUUCAUCUGUAGCAAUAAAGAACAGCCAGGUAUAUUCAAAAUGUGUCAGAACUACAAGAUAAGGGUUCUGUGUUGUGAUGACAGCCAUUGUCAUGGAAGGACCACAGUGACAUCACCAGCAGCAACACUGGAAUUGACCACCACCCGCAGGACAGGAACCACAGUACAAACAUCUGUCCACAUUAAAAGCCUGUUGACAGAGAGAAGCCCAGCCACUGCCACCACCCAAGAGGCCACACCCAUCACUCUCUUGUCCACACAUUCACCUCCAAGCUCAGGACCCAUCAUUACCAGUACAACAUCUUCUGCACCUCCCUCAUCACCCACCACUGUAAUAGGUAGUAGCACAAGGACCUCAGCAGUGCCCACAGCAACAGCUUUGGGUACCACGACGACCAAAACGGUGGAGAUGACAACAGCAGCUACACCCAGGCCAAGCCAGCCCAUAGUCAGGACAACAAUUUCUCCACGCAUCCCUUCCUCUACAGAAGCAACACAGACAACACCAGGAUCACCCCAGACUCCAAAGACUUCAUCGUUGGCCACCACAAGCCUGGUGACAGAGAGAAGCCCAGCCACUGCCACCACCCAAGAGGCCACACCCAUCACUCUCUUGUCCACACAUUCACCUCCAAGCUCAGGGCCCAUCAUUACCAGUACAACAUCUUCUGCACCUCCCUCAUCACCCACCACUGUAAUAGGUAGUAGCACAAGGACCUCAGCAGUGCCCACAGCAACAGCCUUGGGUACUACCACCAAAACGGUGGAGAUGACAACAGCAGCUACACCCAGGCCAAGCCAGCCCAUAGUCAGGACAAUUUCUCCACGCAUCCCUUCCUCUACAGAAGCAACACAGACAACACCAGGAUCACCCCAGACUCCAAAGACUUCAUCGUUGGCCACCACAAGCCUGGUGACAGAGAGAAGCCCAGCCACUGCCACCACCCAAGAGGCCACACCCAUCACUCUCUUGUCCACACAUUCACCUCCAAGCUCAGGGCCCAUCAUUACCAGUACAACAUCUUCUGCACCUCCCUCAUCACCCACCACUGUAAUAGGUAGUAGCACAAGGACCUCAGCAGUGCCCACAGCAACAGCCUUGGGUACUACCACCAAAACGGUGGAGAUGACAACAGCAGCUACACCCAGGCCAAGCCAGCCCAUAGUCAGGACAAUUUCUCCACGAAUCCCUUCCUCUACAGAAGCAACACAGACAACACCAGGAUCACCCCAGACUCCAAAGACUUCAUCGUUGGCCACCACAAGCUUGGUGACAGAGAGAAGCCCAGCCACUGCCACCACCCAAGAGGCCACACCCAUCACUCUCUUGUCCACACAUUCACCUCCAAGCUCAGGGCCCAUCAUUACCAGUACAACAUCUUCUGCACCUCCCUCAUCACCCACCACUGUAAUAGGUAGUAGCACAAGGACCUCAGCAGUGCCCACAGCAACAGCCUUGGGUACUACCACCAAAACGGUGGAGAUGACAACAGCAGCUACACCCAGGCCAAGCCAGCCCAUAGUCAGGACAAUUUCUCCACGCAUCCCUUCCUCUACAGAAGCAACACAUACAACACCAGGAUCACCUCAGACUCCAAAGACUUCAUCGUUGGCCACCACAAGCCUGGUGACAGAGAGAAGCCCAGCCACUGCCACCACCCAAGAGGCCACACCCAUCACUCUCUUGUCCACACAUUCACCUUCAAGCUCAGGGCCCAUCAUUACCAGUACAACAUCUUCUGCACCUCCCUCAUCACCCACCACUGUAAUAGGUAGUAGCACAAGGACCUCAGCAGUGCCCACAGCAACAGCUUUGGGUACCACGACGACCAAAACGGUGGAGAUGACAACAGCAGCUACACCCAGGCCAAGCCAGCCCAUAGUCAGGACAACAAUUUCUCCACGCAUCCCUUCCUCUACAGAAGCAACACAGACAACACCAGGAUCACCCCAGACUCCAAAGACUUCAACGUUGGCCACCACAAGCCUGGUGACAGAGAGAAGCCCAGCCACUGCCACCACCCAAGAGGCCACACCCAUCACUCUCUUGUCCACACAUUCACCUUCAAGCUCAGGGCCCAUCAUUACCAGUACAACAUCUUCUGCACCUCCCUCAUCACCCACCACUGUAAUAGGUAGUAGCACAAGGACCUCAGCAGUGCCCACAGCAACAGCUUUGGGUACCACGACGACCAAAACGGUGGAGAUGACAACAGCAGCUACACCCAGGCCAAGCCAGCCCAUAGUCAGGACAAUUUCUCCACGCAUCCCUUCCUCUACAGAAGCAACACAUACAACACCAGGAUCACCCCAGACUCCAAAGACAUCAUCGUUGGCCACCACAAGCCUGGUGACAGAGAGAAGCCCAGCCACUGCCACCACCCAAGAGGCCACACCCAUCACUCUCUUGUCCACACAUUCACCUCCAAGCUCAGGACCCAUCAUUACCAGUACAACAUCUUCUGCACCUCCCUCAUCACCCACCACUGUAAUAGGUAGUAGCACAAGGACCUCAGCAGUGCCCACAGCAACAGCUUUGGGUACCACGACGACCAAAACGGUGGAGAUGACAACAGCAGCUACACCCAGGCCAAGCCAGCCCAUAGUCAGGACAACAAUUUCUCCACGCAUCCCUUCCUCUACAGAAGCAACACAGACAACACCAGGAUCACCCCAGACUCCAAAGACUUCAUCGUUGGCCACCACAAGCCUGGUGACAGAGAGAAGCCCAGCCACUGCCACCACCCAAGAGGCCACACCCAUCACUCUCUUGUCCACACAUUCACCUCCAAGCUCAGGGCCCAUCAUUACCAGUACAACAUCUUCUGCACCUCCCUCAUCACCCACCACUGUAAUAGGUAGUAGCACAAGGACCUCAGCAGUGCCCACAGCAACAGCCUUAGGUACUACCACCAAAACAGUGGAGAUGACAACAGCAGCUACACCCAGGCCAAGCCAGCCCACAGUCAGGACAACAAUUUCUCCCCCCUUCCCUUCAUCUACAGAAGCAACAUCUACAAGAAUAAGGCAAUCCUCAAUCCCAGUAACAACACAUGGGAGCACAGCUUUCAGGCCAGGGACUACGACAUUAAGUCCUCCUGGCCCCAUCUCAACAAUUGCAACAAUCUUUCCACAUAUCACAACCCUAGCCUCUACUCCCUGUCAGCCAAAAUGUGAGUGGACAGAAUGGUUUGAUAUGGACUUCCCGGUUUCUGGAAUCAAUGGGGGAGACUUUGAAACAUAUGAUAAUAUCAGGAAAGCAGGAGGAAAAAUUUGCCUAGAGCCCCAAAAACUUGAGUGCCGAGCUGAAAACUACCCUGAAGUAAGUAUUGAUCAGAUUGGUCAGGUUCUGCAAUGCACCCUUGAAUUUGGGCUGAUCUGCAGAAACGAGGAUCAAAAGGGAAAAUUCAAUAUGUGCUUCAAUUACAACAUCCGUGUGCUGUGCUGUGAUGACUACUCAGACUGUCCUUCCACAGUAGCAGGGAUGACAACCCAAAAUGGCUCCCCCUCUGCAUCAACCAUCAAACCAACAGAGACUCCAUCAACACUAGGGAGCACAAUACACAAACCUACCAUGUCUACUUUACCACUAAGGACAUCUACAGAGGAGGCUAUUUCAGCUUCCCAAAGUGUUUCUGUUACAAUCAAGAACAUAACCCACACUUCCUCAGGAUCUCAGGGCACAACUUGGAAGUUUACUAGUUCUAAUGCCUUGACAGCUCCUCUCUUAACACAAACUGUCCUGAUUACCACUGGUCAGUCCACAACAGCAAGAACCUCCCCUCUGGAGUCUACCACAGCAAGACCAAACACCCUCUCAACAUCUGGGGCUACUGAGCUUACCAAGUUGCCAAACACAACUCCCGGAUCCCUGGGCACCAGCUCAUCAUUUCAGACCAUCUCCACUAGCCAGACGACAACUUUCCACCCCAGUACUUCAGGCACAAGUGUGGCCACGUCAGCCACAGAGUGCCAGCCCACGUGUGUGUGGACAGACUGGUUUGAUCAGAGCUACCCAGUUCCUGGACAAAGUGGUGGAGACUUUGAGACCUAUGACAACAUCCGGGCUUCUGGGGAAACCAUCUGUGAGAAGCCCACAGAGAUUCAGUGUCGGGCAGAGAAGUACCCGACCCUGCCCCUCAGUGAAGUGAAACAGGAUGUGGAAUGCAAUGUGAGCAUUGGCCUGAUCUGCAGAAACCAGGACCAGGAUGGACCCACAAAAUACUGCUUGAACUAUCACAUCAGAGUGCUUUGCUGUGACUAUAGCCACUGCCCAACCACCCCAUCUCCUCCACUUCCCACCAUAUCUACCAUGACCCCAAGAGGUUCUUCCAUUUCUCCCACUAUUACCACCAAAACCUCCACACAAACUACUUCUCAACCCAUUGGCACAACACAGAAAGUAACCACAUCUUAUUCACUGCCAACUCUAUCUUACAGUGAGACCUCUAGUGUGCCCACCACACACACUAAUUCUGAGUCCACAAGGAUCCACUCUUGGUCCUCAACUGUCUCUGGUGGAACCACCCUUUCAGUAUCUCCCACUCCCAGCAGUAUGGUCACCAGGACUGUGACUGCAUCUACACGACCGACCUCUCCGCGGGGAUCCUCAAAUCUCCCAAAGGUUAGCAGUCCAGCCACAGCAUCCACAACCUGUGAACCCAUCUGCAUUUGGACAGACUGGUUUGAUCAGAGCUACCCAAUUCCUGGACAAGGUGGUGGAGACUUUGAGACCUAUGACAACAUCCGGGCUUCUGGGGAAACCAUCUGUGAGAAGCCCACAGAGAUUCAGUGUCGGGCAGAGAACUACAUGGACAUACCCAUUGACCAACUGGGGCAAGUGGUUGAAUGUAAUGUGGACAUUGGUCUGGUCUGCAGGAACCAAGACCAGUCUGGAAGAUUUAAAAUGUGCUUCAAUUACCACAUCAGGGUGCUCUGCUGUGAUUACACCUACUGCCCAACAACAGCUAGACCAACAAGCACACCUUACACUGGUACACUGUCUACUGUGGAAACCCACCCUGGCACUACCCCUACACUGCCAACCCUCAUCUCCACGACCAAGGCCACUGCCACUGCCACAGGCAGCAUGGUGCCCACCACUCAGUGUGUGCCUCAGUGUCGCUGGACAGAGUGGUUUGACACGGACAAACCCAGAACAGGCAGAUAUGGAGGAGAUAUUGAGACUUAUUACAGCAUCGUGGAUGCUGGGGGCAAGAUCUGCUUGGAUCCUAUAGCCAUCGAGUGCCAGUCAUCACUCUACCCAGACAUACCCCUUAACCAGCUCAAGCAGGUGGUGCGGUGCAACGUGGAUUAUGGCUUGAUCUGCAGAAACAGUCAGCAGAAGGCUCCUGAGACAACGUGCCUCAACUACCGAAUAAGAGUGCAAUGCUGUGAUGACUACAGCCACUGUGGGACAACUCCCUCUCCAACAGGCACAGGUUCCACAGAAUCGGCUUCCUGGACAACAUCCUCCACCAGCAUCACAACCACGUCUGCCAGCCCCAGAUCCUUGGGCACCUCCCCUCAGGUGCCCAGCCUGACGACCAGGGGUACCACACCAACACAAGGCACACAGGGCAAGACUGAGAAAGCUACCAGCUCAGUGCCACUAACCUCUCUGCAAUCGACACCUGCCACCACAUCACCUGCUGGCCCAUCAGCAACAACCACUGUAGGAACCUCCCCUCUGGAGUCUACCACAGCAAGACCAAACACCCUCUCAACAUCUGGGGCUACUGAGCUUACCAAGUUGCCAAACACAACUCCCGGAUCCCUGGGCACCAGCCCAUCAUUUCAGACCAUCUCCACUAGCCAGACGACAACUUUCCACCCCAGUACUUCAGGCACAAGUGUGGCCACGUCAGCCACAGAGUGCCAGCCCACGUGUGUGUGGACAGACUGGUUUGAUCAGAGCUACCCAGUUCCUGGACAAGGUGGUGGAGACUUUGAGACCUAUGACAACAUCCGGGCUUCUGGGGAAACCAUCUGUGAGAAGCCCACAGAGAUUCAGUGUCGGGCAGAGAAGUACCCGACCCUGCCCCUCAGUGAAGUGAAACAGGAUGUGGAAUGCAAUGUGAGCAUUGGCCUGAUCUGCAGAAACCAGGACCAGGAUGGACCCACAAAAUACUGCUUGAACUAUCACAUCAGAGUGCUUUGCUGUGACUAUAGCCACUGCCCAACCACCCCAUCUCCUCCACUUCCCACCAUAUCUACCAUGACCCCAAGAGGUUCUUCCAUUUCUCCCACUAUUACCACCAAAACCUCCACACAAACUACUUCUCAACCCAUUGGCACAACACAGAAAGUAACCACAUCUUAUUCACUGCCAACUCUAUCUUACAGUGAGACCUCUAGUGUGCCCACCACACACACUAAUUCUGAGUCCACAAGGAUCCACUCUUGGUCCUCAACUGUCUCUGGUGGAACCACCCUUUCAGUAUCUCCCACUCCCAGCAGUAUGGUCACCAGGACUGUGACUGCAUCUACACGACCGACCUCUCCGCGGGGAUCCUCAAAUCUCCCAAAGGUUAGCAGUCCAGCCACAGCAUCCACAACCUGUGAACCCAUCUGCAUUUGGACAGACUGGUUUGAUCAGAGCUACCCAAUUCCUGGACAAGGUGGUGGAGACUUUGAGACCUAUGACAACAUCCGGGCUUCUGGGGAAACCAUCUGUGAGAAGCCCACAGAGAUUCAGUGUCGGGCAGAGAACUACAUGGACAUACCCAUUGACCAACUGGGGCAAGUGGUUGAAUGUAAUGUGGACAUUGGUCUGGUCUGCAGGAACCAAGACCAGUCUGGAAGAUUUAAAAUGUGCUUCAAUUACCACAUCAGGGUGCUCUGCUGUGAUUACACCUACUGCCCAACAACAGCUAGACCAACAAGCACACCUUACACUGGUACACUGUCUACUGUGGAAACCCACCCUGGCACUACCCCUACACUGCCAACCCUCAUCUCCACGACCAAGGCCACUGCCACUGCCACAGGCAGCAUGGUGCCCACCACUCAGUGUGUGCCUCAGUGUCGCUGGACAGAGUGGUUUGACACGGACAAACCCAGAACAGGCAGAUAUGGAGGAGAUAUUGAGACUUAUUACAGCAUCGUGGAUGCUGGGGGCAAGAUCUGCUUGGAUCCUAUAGCCAUCGAGUGCCAGUCAUCACUCUACCCAGACAUACCCCUUAACCAGCUCAAGCAGGUGGUGCGGUGCAACGUGGAUUAUGGCUUGAUCUGCAGAAACAGUCAGCAGAAGGCUCCUGAGACAACGUGCCUCAACUACCGAAUAAGAGUGCAAUGCUGUGAUGACUACAGCCACUGUGGGACAACUCCCUCUCCAACAGGCACAGGUUCCACAGAAUCGGCUUCCUGGACAACAUCCUCCACCAGCAUCACAACCACGUCUGCCAGCCCCAGAUCCUUGGGCACCUCCCCUCAGGUGCCCAGCCUGACGACCAGGGGUACCACACCAACACAAGGCACACAGGGCAAGACUGAGAAAGCUACCAGCUCAGUGCCACUAACCUCUCUGCAAUCGACACCUGCCACCACAUCACCUGCUGGCCCAUCAGCAACAACCACUGUAGGAACCUCCCCUCUGGAGUCUACCACAGCAAGACCAAACACCCUCUCAACAUCUGGGGCUACUGAGCUUACCAAGUUGCCAAACACAACUCCCGGAUCCCUGGGCACCAGCCCAUCAUUUCAGACCAUCUCCACUAGCCAGACGACAACUUUCCACCCCAGUACUUCAGGCACAAGUGUGGCCACGUCAGCCACAGAGUGCCAGCCCACGUGUGUGUGGACAGACUGGUUUGAUCAGAGCUACCCAGUUCCUGGACAAGGUGGUGGAGACUUUGAGACCUAUGACAACAUCCGGGCUUCUGGGGAAACCAUCUGUGAGAAGCCCACAGAGAUUCAGUGUCGGGCAGAGAAGUACCCGACCCUGCCCCUCAGUGAAGUGAAACAGGAUGUGGAAUGCAAUGUGAGCAUUGGCCUGAUCUGCAGAAACCAGGACCAGGAUGGACCCACAAAAUACUGCUUGAACUAUCACAUCAGGGUGCUUUGCUGUGACUAUAGCCACUGCCCAACCACCCCAUCUCCUCCACUUCCCACCAUAUCUACCAUGACCCCAAGAGGUUCUUCCAUUUCUCCCACUAUUACCACCAAAACCUCCACACAAACUACUUCUCAACCCAUUGGCACAACACAGAAAGUAACCACAUCUUAUUCACUGCCAACUCUAUCUUACAGUGAGACCUCUAGUGUGCCCACCACACACACUAAUUCUGAGUCCACAAGGAUCCACUCUUGGUCCUCAACUGUCUCUGGUGGAACCACCCUUUCAGUAUCUCCCACUCCCAGCAGUAUGGUCACCAGGACUGUGACUGCAUCUACACGACCGACCUCUCCGCGGGGAUCCUCAAAUCUCCCAAAGGUUAGCAGUCCAGCCACAGCAUCCACAACCUGUGAACCCAUCUGCAUUUGGACAGACUGGUUUGAUCAGAGCUACCCAAUUCCUGGACAAGGUGGUGGAGACUUUGAGACCUAUGACAACAUCCGGGCUUCUGGGGAAACCAUCUGUGAGAAGCCCACAGAGAUUCAGUGUCGGGCAGAGAACUACAUGGACAUACCCAUUGACCAACUGGGGCAAGUGGUUGAAUGUAAUGUGGACAUUGGUCUGGUCUGCAGGAACCAAGACCAGUCUGGAAGAUUUAAAAUGUGCUUCAAUUACCACAUCAGGGUGCUCUGCUGUGAUUACACCUACUGCCCAACAACAGCUAGACCAACAAGCACACCUUACACUGGUACACUGUCUACUGUGGAAACCCACCCUGGCACUACCCCUACACUGCCAACCCUCAUCUCCACGACCAAGGCCACUGCCACUGCCACAGGCAGCAUGGUGCCCACCACUCAGUGUGUGCCUCAGUGUCGCUGGACAGAGUGGUUUGACACGGACAAACCCAGAACAGGCAGAUAUGGAGGAGAUAUUGAGACUUAUUACAGCAUCGUGGAUGCUGGGGGCAAGAUCUGCUUGGAUCCUAUAGCCAUCGAGUGCCAGUCAUCACUCUACCCAGACAUACCCCUUAACCAGCUCAAGCAGGUGGUGCGGUGCAACGUGGAUUAUGGCUUGAUCUGCAGAAACAGUCAGCAGAAGGCUCCUGAGACAACGUGCCUCAACUACCGAAUAAGAGUGCAAUGCUGUGAUGACUACAGCCACUGUGGGACAACUCCCUCUCCAACAGGCACAGGUUCCACAGAAUCGGCUUCCUGGACAACAUCCUCCACCAGCAUCACAACCACGUCUGCCAGCCCCAGAUCCUUGGGCACCUCCCCUCAGGUGCCCAGCCUGACGACCAGGGGUACCACACCAACACAAGGCACACAGGGCAAGACUGAGAAAGCUACCAGCUCAGUGCCACUAACCUCUCUGCAAUCGACACCUGCCACCACAUCACCUGCUGGCCCAUCAGCAACAACCACUGUAGGAACCUCCCCUCUGGAGUCUACCACAGCAAGACCAAACACCCUCUCAACAUCUGGGGCUACUGAGCUUACCAAGUUGCCAAACACAACUCCCGGAUCCCUGGGCACCAGCCCAUCAUUUCAGACCAUCUCCACUAGCCAGACGACAACUUUCCACCCCAGUACUUCAGGCACAAGUGUGGCCACGUCAGCCACAGAGUGCCAACCCACGUGUGUGUGGACAGACUGGUUUGAUCAGAGCUACCCAGUUCCUGGACAAGGUGGUGGAGACUUUGAGACCUAUGACAACAUCCGGGCUUCUGGGGAAACCAUCUGUGAGAAGCCCACAGAGAUUCAGUGUCGGGCAGAGAAGUACCCGACCCUGCCCCUCAGUGAAGUGAAACAGGAUGUGGAAUGCAAUGUGAGCAUUGGCCUGAUCUGCAGAAACCAGGACCAGGAUGGACCCACAAAAUACUGCUUGAACUAUCACAUCAGAGUGCUUUGCUGUGACUAUAGCCAUUGCCCAACCACCCCAUCUUCAAGCUCCUCUACUCCUGUGUCUUCCCAUCCAAGGACUCCGAAUGUGAGCACACCUACUUUGCAGACAUCCACUGGGUCUAUAUUUUCCACUUCUUUAUCCAUCUCUCCUGUGCCACAGACAUCUCCGACACCCUUCACCUUGACAACUCCAUGCUUCUGCUUUGUGUCAGGGGAUCUGUUUUCUGCUGGUGAAGUUAUAUACAACAAGACGGACAACGCUGGGUGCAGUUUUUAUGCCAUUUGCAACCAACAAUGUGAAAUUGAAAGGUUUCAGGGACCUUGUCCAACUCCAACAUCAUCUGUACCCUCAUCAACUGUCCCACAAAGCACUCCUCCUCCAGGCUGCUAUGAUGUCCUUCCACCAAGACAGCCUGGAGAGCAAUGGACCAGUAAUUGCCAAGACUGCAUCUGUGACAACAGCUCACUCACGGUACAGUGUAGACCUGUACAGUGCCUGGAGCCCACACCACCCCCCAACUGCCAGAAAGAGGGCUUUGUCAUUGUCUUCCAGCCUCGGGCAGAGAAUUCCUGCUGCAUGGAAGCACGCUGUGUCUGCAACCAGUCCAGCUGCUCUCAAGAUCGGCCGAGCUGUAUGCCCCAAGAGGAGCUGUUCAGCAUCCUACCUGUAAAUAAAUGCUGCCCUGUCUACGGCUGCCGACAGAGAAUGUGUGAGCACAACGGGACCACCUAUGGGAUUGGGUCAAAGGUGCCAUCAGACCAACCCUGCCACACCUGUACCUGUCACAUCAAAGUGAACCCAGAGACCAAUAGCACCGUGUGGUGUGAGGUGGAGCCUUGCUCCACCACCUGUGCCCCGGACCAGGAGUACAAGGUCCUGCCAGGGCAGUGUUGUGGGCAGUGUGUGCCAGCAGCCUGCCUCACCCCUGAUGGGAAAUGGAUUAAGUUCAACGAGACCUGGGUGAACACCAACACAGACAACUGUACCGAAUACGUCUGUGAGAAAGUGAACGGAGAACCCAUCUUGUCUAGGAGACCAACUGAGUGCCCAGAUGUACCAUCGUGCAAGGGAGUCCUGAAGAGAGUGGGCUGCUGCUACCAAUGUGAAGAGGUUGAGGAAGACUGUCGGGUUCAGUACAAUGAAACGCUUCUCCAGUAUGAAGGCUGCGUGUCGGAGACAGCUGUCAACCUCACCUUCUGUGCAGGGUCCUGCGGCUCCGUGUCAAUGUAUUCUCUGGAGGCUAAUGAGAUGCAGAGGAAAUGCGCCUGCUGCCAGGAGACCCAGGUACACCAGAAAGAGGUGAAGAUGAAGUGUCCCGAUGGCACAGAGAUCCAGCGCAGCUACAUGAAUGUGGUUGCAUGCAGCUGCACGCCUGCCUGCCUGCCCUCCCACACUGAAGUCCCCACCUAGGAACCAUGAUGGAGAGGGCUGGAAGGAGGACACUGAAUCUGAAUCAGGGGCCACUGUGGAAAGAGACUCUUUUUUCUGAGCCUAGGAAACUCUAUUUGCCUUCUUUGCCUGCUUGCUCCUCGACAAUCCCUCUAGAAGCCCCAGUUUCUUCCUGAACCCCCCCAUAGGUUAGAGGUCAGCAGGAAGGGAAGGCUUGAGAGUCCUGGGGUCUUUCCCUGACUGGCUAUGAACCCUGUGGAGAGGGUCUGGUGGAUAUAAUGAGGCUCAAGAUUUCUGUCUCAAAGAGAGACUGGGGGCCCCUGGGCUAAUAGAGAUUGAGCUCCUUGAGUGAAGGUACUGUCUGUUAUCCUUUGUACCCCCAGUGUUUAGCACAGUGCCUAGCAUGCUGAAGGAACCUAAUGUUUACUGGCUGCCUGACAGGAGAUCUGCAACCACUUAAAGGCAGUGAGAGUGGCCAUGCACCACCAACCCCAGACUUACUAACCUUUCUAAGGUGAGGCUGGUCAUACCACUGGGUGCUCUCCAAGGUCUUCAGAAGUCUUAGCAUUCAUUCUUUCAGAAGGAACCUCAAACAUAGGACUAGGCAUGCUCCUUCAGGUCCUAGCUUGCUCCCUCCCAGACUCUGGUGGGGGGAGGGGUUUUCACACUUCAGGAAAUGUUUCUCUCCUCUCUGUUCCCAUGGCCACAAGUGGUGAGUGUCAGUGCAACCUCCUCCCCAUUUCUGGUUCCCUGGUCCUAAGUCCAUGCAGACAAGAGUGGUAUCAAGGCUAAGGAGUAUCGUGCUGGC